AUGUCGACCAUUAUGUCUGAGCACGUUGUAAAGAUGGCAAAGGAAUUUGUCAACUUUAUGAAUCAAGCCAUCACCCCGUUUCACGCUGUGCAAACAGUUUCCGACAUGCUGAGGGAUGCCGGGUACACGCAGCUUCAUGAGGAAAAGGCUUGGCCAGAAAUAACUCCUGGCGGCAAGUACUACUUGACGCGCAAUGGGACCAGCAUCAUUGCGUUUUCAGUCGGAGGAAAAUUUGACCCAAUGAACGGUGUAAAGAUUGUUGGCGCGCACACGGAUUCCCCUAAUUUUCUGGUGAAGCCACGCACAAAAUCGACCGCCGCUGAUUACCAACGCGUGGCAGUGCAGUGCUACGGUGGUGGUCUGUGGCACUCCUGGUUUGAUCGCGAUUUGACGGUUGCCGGCCGCGUUAUCAUUUCGCGAGAGCGCCUGGAGCAGAAAAUUAUAAAGAUCGACAAGCCAAUCAUGCGUAUCCCAAAUCUCGCUAUUCAUUUGACCGCUGCCAAGGAUCGCGAAGCGUUUUCAUUCAACAAGGAGUCUCAUUUGAUCCCUAUCAUAUCUACGCAGAUAGCCGCGAAGAUUGCAGAGUGUGACGACAAGGAUGCAUCGAAUCUGAAUCACUGCGUUUCCCUGAUGAAGGCUAUUGCGAGCGUUGCUGGAUGCAACCCAGAUGAUAUUGUCGAUUUUGAUUUGAGCGUGAUUGACACCCAGCCGGCGGUAAUUGGAGGAAUUCAUGAUGAGUUUAUCUUCUCGCCGCGCCUUGACAAUCUGAUCUCGUGCUAUUGCGCUGUGAAGGCGAUUAUCGAGGCGGGCUCAUUGGAAAAUGAUACGAUGAUACGCAUGGUGUGCUUGUUCGAUCACGAAGAGUGUGGCUCCAGUUCAUCCCAGGGUGCUGCCGGCUCGCUCGUUCCUGAUGUUAUUGAGCACAUUGUAAGCAACAAAACCCUUCGUGCAACGUUGGUCGCCAACUCAUUUCUUCUGUCCGUCGAUGGCGCACAUGGGUGUCACCCGAAUUACGCUGACAAGCACGAAAAUGCUCACCGACCAGCUCUCCAUGGAGGACCUGUUAUCAAAUACAAUGCAAACGUCCGUUAUGCGACCAACGGGUUAACAGCAGCCGUAGUGAAGGAUAUGGCGAAGAAGGCUGACGUACCCAUCCAAGAGUUUGUGGUGCGAAAUGACUUUCCCUGCGGAUCCACCAUCGGGCCCAUUCUGUCUGCUCUGUCCGGUAUAAAAACUGCUGAUAUUGGCAACCCCAUGAUCAGCAUGCACAGUAUCCGGGAGAUGUGCGGUACUGUUGAUGUCUACUACAUGACGAAGCUGAUUGAAUCCUUUUUCGUCAACUACGAAAACCCGCAUGAGUAG